AUUGAAAACAAAAAUCGAUGAUUUAUUGGAUCAAUUUUCAUUUACCGAUUUAAGUUGAAUUCAAUUCUCCAAACAAAAAUGUAUAAAAACAGCGGCCAAAAACCAUCCACUUCAUCCAGAAUUUCCAUCACACGUAAACAAUAUAGAAUUCUGGAUGAAAGUACAAGAAAUCGUAGAAAUCGUCAACAUAUUGAACAACUCGAAAGGGAUAAUUUUCAUGAAGAUCCACAUAGUAAUCUGGUGAUGCAUAAAAAAGCACCAAAAUUUGAAGAUCCAACAACAAUGAAUUCGACAAACAAUACGAAUAUCGUUGUCACACCAAGACGUAUGAAUGUUUCACGUUCACGAAUAUUUACAUUGAAUACAUUGAUUGAAGAAAAUUCACGGCUUCCACAACCAAAUUAUGUAUCGAUAGCCACACGUUCGUUGAAUAAUUAUCCGAAAAACAAGUUGAAUUCGUCGUCAUCAGAUGAUAAACAAUCCAAAUCAAAAUUAUAUUCAACAUAUUUUCCAUUGAUUGAAAUUCCAUCCGUUCGACGACAUUUUUGUAGUGUUUGUGGUUUUAAAAGCCAUUAUACUUGUAUUGUAUGUGGUUUUCGUUAUUGUUCUACACAUUGUCUACAGAUUCAUGUUGAAACCCGAUGUCUUAAAUGGACCGGGUGAAUCUGAAUAUGAAUAUUUUUUUCAUGUAAAAACCAAAACAAA